AGCUAGCUUGCAAGACGCUGUCAAAUCAAACAAGCUCCACUGAAUUCCAUUGAAGUCAGCCAGGACCAGCGGAGGCUACCCAAGAACCAUUCACCAUGCAUGAUGCCUACGAGCCCGUUCCGAUUUUGGAGAAACUGCCCCUUCAAAUUGAUUGUCUUGCGGCUUGGGAGGAUUGGCUGCUGGUCGGGACCAAACCUGGCCAUCUUCUCCAGUACAGAAUCAAGAAAGAUGCAGGUACGAACAGGUUUGAGGUGACACUGGAGAAGUCGAAUAAGAAUUUCUCCAAGAAGAUUCAGCAGCUGUUUGUGGUUUCCCAGUUCAAGAUAUUGGUCAGCCUUCUUGAGAACAACAUCCACGUGCAUGACCUCCUGACCUUCCAGCAGAUCACCGUGGUGUCGAAGGCCAGAGGGGCUACACUCUUUGCCUGCGACCUCCAGCAAUCUGCAUCUGGAGAGGCGAAGUUGAGGAUGUGUGUGGCGGUGAAGAAGAAGCUGCAGAUGUAUUACUGGAAAGACAGAGAGUUCCACGAGCUGCAGGGGGAUUUCGCAGCACCUGACAUUCCCAAGUCCAUGGCCUGGUGUGAGAAUUCCAUCUGUGUGGGAUUUAAGCGGGACUACUACCUCAUCCGAAUGGAUGGGCGUGGUUCCAUCAAGGAGCUCUUCCCCACAGGCAAGCAGCUGGAGCCCUUGGUUGCCCCGCUGGCUGAUGGGAAGGUGGCCGUGGGUCAGGAUGACCUCACCGUCGUCCUGAACGAGGAGGGAGUUUGCACCCAGAAGUGCGCACUCAACUGGACAGACAUCCCUGUUGCCAUGGAGCACCAGCCUCCCUACAUCAUCGCGGUGCUGCCUCGCUACGUGGAGAUCCGCACGCUGGAGCCGCGGCUGCUGGUGCAGAGUGUGGAGUUGCAGAGGCCUCGUUUCAUCACCUCCGCAGGGCCUAACAUAGUGUAUGUGGCCAGUAACCAUUUUGUGUGGCGCCUGGUGCCCGUGUCCAUCGCCAGCCAGAUACGGCAGCUCCUGCAGGACAAGCAGUUUGAGCUGGCUCUACAGCUUGCGAAGAUGAAGGACGACUCCGACGGGGAUAAGAGGCAGCAGAUGCACCACAUCCAGAACCUCUACGCCUUCAACCUCUUCUGCCAGAAGCGCUUCGACGACUCCAUGCAGGUCUUCGCCAAACUAGGGACAGAUCCGACCCACGUGAUUGGCCUGUAUCCUGACCUGUUGCCCUCCGACUACCGCAAGCAGCUGCACUACCCCAACCCUCUGCCCACCCUGUCGGGAGCGGAGCUGGAGAAGGCACACCUGGCCCUCAUCGACUACCUGACACAGAAACGCAGCCACCUGGUGAAGCAGCUGAAUGACUCGGACCCCUCCACCACCUCCCCCCUCAUGGAGGGCACCCCCACCAUCAAGAGCCGCAAGAAGCUGCUGCAGAUCAUCGACACCACCUUGCUCAAGUGCUACCUCCAUACCAACGUGGCUUUGGUCUCCCCCCUGCUGCGGCUGGAGAACAACCACUGCCACAUCGAGGAGAGCGAGUACGUGCUGAAGAAGGCUCACAAGUACAGCGAGCUCAUCAUCCUCUACGAGAAGAAGGGCCUGCACCGGAAAGCGCUGCAGGUUCUCCUGGACCAGUCCACCAAGGCCAACUCUCCACUCAAAGGUCACGAGAGGACAGUGCAGUACCUGCAGAGACUAGGCGUGGAGAACAUGGGCAUCAUCUUUGAGUUUUCCCCCUGGGUGCUGAAAACCUGCCCAGAGGACGGCCUCAAGAUCUUCACGGAGGACCUGCCGGAGGUGGAGGCAUUGCCGCGUGACAAGGUGCUGGUGUUCCUGAAGGAGGGCUUCAAGGAGCUGGCCGCGCCCUAUCUGGAGCACAUCAUCCACGUGUGGGACGAGACCGGGCCCGAGUUCCACAACGUGCUCAUCCAGCUCUACCUGGAGCGGGUGCAGGCCCUCAUGAAGGAGUACCUCAGCACUCUGCCCGAGGGAGUGCCUGCGGUGGCUGCAGGGCGUGAGGUGGGCCAGCUGGGAGAGUUCCGGAACAAGUUGCUGAGCUUCCUGGAAGUCUCCAGCCACUACGAGCCGGGACGCCUCAUCAGCGACUUCCCCUUCGAUGGUCUGCUGGAGGAGCGUGCUCUGCUGCUGGGCCGUAUGGGGAAACAUGAGCAGGCGCUCUUCAUCUACGUGCACAUCCUCAACGACACACACAUGGCCGAGGAGUACUGCCAUAAGCAUUAUGAUCGUCUGGCAGAAGGCAGCAAGGAUGUGUACCUGUCGCUGCUGCGCAUGUACCUGUCCCCCCCGGACGUGCACUGCCUGGGGCCCAUCAAGAUGGAGCUGUCGGAGCCCCAGGCCAACCUGCAGGCGGCGCUACAGGUGCUCAAGCUGCACCACAGCAAGCUCAACAACACCAAGGCGAUCAACCUGCUGCCGGCCAACACCCAGAUCAAUGAGAUCCGCGUGUUCCUGGAGAGCGUGCUGGAGGAGAAGGCGCAGAGGAAGCGCUACAACCAGGUGCUCAAGAGCCUGCUGCAGGCAGAGUUCCUACGGGUCCAGGAGGAAAGAAUCUUCCAUCAGCAGGUGAAGUGUGUGAUCACAGAGGAGAAGACAUGCAGAGUCUGCAAGAAGAAGAUUGGGAACAGUGCCUUUGCCCGCUAUCCAAACGGAGUGGUGGUCCAUUACUUCUGCUGCAAGGACCGCAGCGUCUGCCCCACAGAACAGUGAGGUCCAUUAUCAUCAUGUACUGUAUGUUCAGUACACUGCGUGGCAGUCAGUACUCUACAAACAGCAGCAGUAACAGUAACAGCAGCAGUGGGCCUGCUGCUGCCUCCAGUUCCAGCUCAGCACAUCUCAUCUCGUCUCAGCUGCAUUACCGGACAAAUAGACCAGCCACGAUGCGAUUGAAGUGACAGAGCGAUACGAGCGAUUGAAGCGACUACAGUAUGUCCGUUGCAAGCAAAAGGCAAAGCAUUCAAACAUUCCCAUUGGCUGUGGUCACUGACCCCUAUACAGUCAUUGGCUGUCGCGGCUGGUCGCCGAACCGCGUCAUAGAAAGUUGAAAGGAUUUCAACUUCAAACUGUCGCUCUCGUCGCGCAAAUCGCCUCUUGUCUCCACAAUCGCUUUUGUUGUGCGACACAAAACAAAGUCAAUUACUUCC